AGCCGAAGACCUGAUACGACUUCAUCCCGCCUUUACAAAAUUGUGUUGUCAUAGGUAAUUUUACUAACUUGGCAUGACAUGGCUUUUACUGACAGGGCUUGUCAACUUGCUGUUGAAAGAAAGUCAUAACGAAGUCAAAACCUCAUCAGAAAAGAUGUGCGUAUGAAAAAACAAAAAAAUGAAGAACAGUUAGAUCUAGGCAGGGCCCGUUCUAUGACGCAUUCACCACUGAAGUUUCGUUUUGUCCGAAAGGAAAUUGUAAAUGGAAAGUCAGCUGAAAAGAUAGGUACAUCACUGAUCCAUGUACAACCAUCCAAGAAGCAGCCUCACGGACAAUGGAUGAUACACGUUGCUUGCUAAGUGACCAAGAUGAACCAGAGAGGGUACGAGGCUUCUUGAAAGAAAAUUUGUCUGGCGCUUCAGCGCCUCCUGCCGAUGACAUCAGCACGUUUCCUGAAAAUGACGCAGGGGUUGGCAAAGACCUGCCACCGCCAUAUGCUGACAAUUCUCAGCGGCCCAGCAAACCUCAGGCACCUCACUGGGAGAUUCCAUCCAUUAGUGAGGAGCUGGCCAGAGAGGCACUGGCUGAGUACGUGGCCUCCAGGUGCUGCUACAGCCGCAAGCCAGCCAAGGAGAUGGUCUUCUCCGACCUGCACUCCCUCAACACUUUCAGGUAUCGCCUAGACACCUUUACGGAGUCCCGAUCUACUGAAUGGGCCAGUGAGCCGUACCAUGGUCAGGUGCUGGAUGGCUUCAAUGGUGUGGCAGCAGGACCAUGGGACCUGCCCGUGCCCAUUCCAGCCAUGUUCCAGGAUUGUCAGAAGGAUGUUCGUAUGCCCCAUUCAUCCUCGGUCAAGGGCUGCAAUCAGUGUUUGUCUUUGGGAAAAUCCCCCUGCAACAGAUGUGUUACAUCAGGACAGAUUCAGUGCACCGUGUGCAGUGGAUCAGGCAGGGACCACCACAGGGACGCCAGGUGCUACAACUGCAGUGGAUCUGGACGAGUCCGGUGUACUGCAUGCUCAGGUGCUGGCUCUAUGCAGUGUUCCAGCUGUCAAGGAAGAGGCCAAAUCCUGUGCUUCCUUAAGCUUACCGUCAAAUGGAGGAACCAUAGCAGCAUGCAUGUGGUCGACAAGCGCUCUGGAUUCCCUGUGGAUCUGCUGCAGGAGGUGGCGGGGGAGAUGCUCUUCACUGACAUGAACCAGCGGGUGUACCCAGUGGAAAGUUUCCCAGAUGGGGCAAUAAAUGCUGCAUCUAAGCAAGCCGUGCAGGAACACCACAGUCAGUUCUCCACCACCUGUCGCAUCCUCCAACAGAGGCAGACCAUUGAGUUGAUUCCUGUAACCAGAGUGCACUUCACUUGGAGAGACAAAACUCACAUCUACUUUGUGUACGGGGCCGAACACAAUGUCUACGCCAAGGACUACCCAGCCAAAUGCUGCUGUUCCAUCUCAUGAAAAGCAUUACAAAAAGUCUGUAUGUAUGACAAUGAGCUAAACUCAUGAUGUAGGUCACUCAUUCUCAGUUUAUAACAUGUGGGUGCAUGGUGUAUUAGACAAAUAUUUAGACAUAGCUUACAAAAUAGUGAUUGAUUAAAUAAAUGUGUUGGUGCUUUGUUCCCAAACCCACUGUUCAUUUGAGUCGAAGGUAACAAGGGUGAAAACAUGUUAAGCACUGAAACACACAAAGGAUGCGAUGAGGUUAAUACCUGUGCUCUACAGCAGUGCUUCUUAACUGGUGGGUUAAAAAAUGGGUCGCGGAACCAUUCUGGGUGAGUCACGGAUUUUUAUUUAAAAUGCUACCUUAUCAGAUCUAAUAUGGUACCUUUAUUUUAUUUAUUCGUAGCCAAUGUCAGUCUUUGCCAUGGACAUAAACAAUGUUUAUGUAACCGGUCAUGUUAGACUUAAUUUUAGUGGUAAACACAAAUGUAAUGCCAAACUUCUGCAUGUUCCAGACAAGUAGGUCUACAGGCACUUUGCAUGUUACCAUGUAGCUCACCAUAUCCGUUGGCUUGAACACUAAAUAAAUAUAUGGGUCAUGACUUUAUGAACAUAGGAAAUUGUGGGUUCCAAAGCCAGGCCAGUUAAGAACCACUGCUAUACAGUUUCAAGUGUAUAAACUGCAGUUUUCCAAGUAUCAAUAUGAGCGUUUAGGAGGAAUUAAUUACAGUUCAUAUGUACGAAAUCAUGUGAUAUGUUGGUCAUGAAAACACUCCAUUGCUCUAGCACUGUACUUUACUGUAUAUAGAAAUGCAAUAUUUUGGACAUGAGAUCUGUUUCUGUACAAGGAACAUGAACAUGCAAAACACUCUUUUGGCAGAGCUCACCCUUUUUUUCCUCACUGAAUGCAAUGUCUGUCCCUUUAUCUCUGCACCUUGUUUAACUGGUCUUCAAAUGCAUUUAAACAACACUGUCCACCCCUUUGCAAACAAUAAGACAGCAAAGCAAUAGAUCUACCACCCGAGCAGCAUCAAAAGGCAAUUGUAGCAUCCCAUUUCAUAGAACAUCAUUUGCCCAAACUGCCUUUUCUGUGAAAGGGGCAAAAUUAUGGAAUCAAUCCCAACAUUAGCCACCUUAAAAAAAAAACACACCAAAUGGCUAUUUCAGGAACAAUAUACUGCAAUCAUUUUUAGUUCUUACACUGUGUUUUCUCUUGAAUACUUUUUUCCUUUUUCCAUUUACUCUGUUUUAUUCCAUUUAUUUACUAUUUUUUAAUAUUGUCAAUCUGUAUUUCAUUUAUUUUUUACUCAAAAAGCCCUAUAGGGACAAGUGUUGUAAAUUAGCGUCAGCUAAAAACGCUAUGAUGCAUGCAUCAGAUGACUUUUUAAGCUUGUCUAUGUUUUUGUAUCUGUCCCUAUCUAAAUAAACCUUAAUAAUAAUAACAAUAAUCUCACUGAAACAGAGCUGGGAUUACACUGUAGCCCUAUUAAAGGUUUUUGAGCUUU